CAUACUCCCAAUUCAAAUUUCACAGAUAAUAUCGCACCAACCCCGAGUAUAUUCAGCCUCAAUAAACGCGAUCACCGUACGCACAUAUCAAUGCAUACUACGUACUAUAACACCGCCUGGGCACCAUCUAUCAAAUUCCACCCUCUCCUCGCUCUCCUCCAUUCCCAUAUCCCACCUUCUCCCGAACAACUCCUCACGUCUCAACACCACGACGACGUCUCCUCCCCGUUACACAGCCAAGUCCCUCCCCCUAACUCCCUCCCGGCGCCUCUCCUGCACACCAACCGUUCCCGCACAACCCUGGAAGCGCAACCCAUCUGCACACAAAUACGGCCAAGCACCCCAAGACACUCUUUCCAAGACCCCAUCCAAGACUCUCGGCAUCGGAGCAAUUCAUCACGCAUCUCGCACCUCGCACAUCAUCCGCGCAUCCGUGCCCAAAGGCCAAGAACGUUUGGAGAGGAGUGGGUAUAUUUGAUAUUGGCCGAGAUAUUGGGAGUGUGCAGAGUUUACGGGUGCGAGAAGGGCGGCAGUGGAGGUCUUUGGUGUGGGAUGCAUGGAGUGCAGCUUGGCUGGCGUCCGUAGAGGGCAGAGAGGUAUGGUGUGAAGCGCAAGUACAUGAACGCCGCGUAGGGGAUUGCGUGGAGGAGGACCUUUGCGGUAGGCUUGUGUCGCCGUGAUGCUUGGCAUCGUACGUGAGUAGCAGACUCGCCGACAUCAUGCGCUUCACCGACGCCUUCGUACGCAUAAAGCGGAACCAAGAUGCUGUGAUAGAUCUGUAUAUCAUAACUACCGUGCACCAGCUUUAGAUGCGCAUGGGCACCAUUUGCCAAGAUAGCAGAA